CCUCGGCACGUCGCACUUUCCGCCGCGAAAUUUCGCGUUACGUUCUACUUACGCGAAUACGAUUAUCAAUUUUUGACGGUUUUUGGCGACGCGACUCCCCGAAGCGACCCGUUUUUCUGUGCGGUGUCGGUGUUUUUGUGAAUUUUGUGUCACCCCAUUUUGGAUUUGUUCCAGUGCCGUGCGACCCCAUGGAUACGUUAGUGCCGAUCGCACUCUAGACUUUUCCGAGUGGGACGUAGAGAAACAACGGAAAAUGCCCAAACGAAAAUUUCUGGGACGCCCGAUUCUGGCUCUUCUGUUUUGUUUCUCCGCCGCCGGAUCAUCGAGUUUGUUGGGAAAGUCCGUGGAAUCGGGAGAAGGGCCGCCCACGAGGCCUUCGUCGCCUGGAAAGCCGGUCUUGAGACCCUAUUUCGAUGACGUCGGCCCCAAAAAUGUAACCGCCGUUGUGGGUCAGUCCGCCAUGCUGAACUGCAGAGUGAAACAUCCUGGGGACAGGACGGUGUCCUGGAUGCGUAAACGCGACCUGCACAUUCUCACAUCCGGAGUACACGCGUACACGGGCGACGGUAGAUUUAAUAUCAGACACCCUGAGCAUAGCGACGACUGGGAUUUGAAGAUUGAUUACGUUCAAAAACGCGACGCGGGAGUUUACGAAUGCCAAGUGAACACGGAACCCAAAAUCAGUUUGCCGAUUAUGCUGAAUGUUGACGACUUACCGUCACUGGCAGCAACUCAUCAAGACACAAGAAACACGAACAAAGAUGCUCAAGCAACGAUAGCCGGACCUGCUGAGAUUUACGUCAAGAAGGGCAGUACCAUAUCCUUAACCUGCACGGUCAAUGUUCAUUCCACGCCGCCAUCAUCGGUGCUGUGGUACCACGGCCAAUCGGUGGUAGACUUCGACUCACCCCGUGGAGGUAUCAGUUUAGAAACGGAAAAGACGGAAGCCGGAACUACGAGCAAACUCCUGAUAACGAAGGCUCUGCUAUCGGAUACCGGAAAUUACACUUGCAUGCCGUCCAAUGCCAGUCCGGCUUCUGCGGUCGUUCACGUGCUUAAUGGAGAGCACCCAGCCGCCAUGCAAACCAGCAGAGGUUCAUACCUCGCCCCUGCAGUCUCCAUAAUGGCCCUUUUGUGCGUCUUCUCGUGCAGCAGCUGAUUCCUUCCACGUGCGUUCCAAAAUAUGCGAUAAUACAGAAGCGGUAUUCGAUUUUAUGCCGUGUUUCGGCGGGAUGUUAAUCAAAAAUCGAAAACGAAUCGAAAAUUUUGUUUCCUCGGAACGAUUCACUGUCCAACUAGUCGUUUGUUGUUUUGACGUGCAAAUUUUAUGUCAACUUUGUAUCCCAUUAAUCAAAAAAAAAAAAACUAAAUCGAUAUAUUGAAAAAGCGAGUGACAAUUGGAAGCGGUAAAAAUAACGUUCAAACCGGACUUUUAAUUUCUGGUGCUAUAGGCUACGGAACCCUGUUAAUAGGUGAAGUGAAAGUUCUACGUCCAAUGAAAACGUGUAAAUAAUAUAUUUCUUCUUUAUAACCGUGCGAUUCCAUCUUCAGAUUUAGCGUCCGGCGGUUAUCGAUACGAUUUUAUAACGAAUCUUAGUUUACCAUAGAAGUAAUUAACCGGACAUCGAUCUGAAGCGGGAAAGACACCAUAGAGUUAUUAGGCGUAAUGAUUGUAACAAAUAUAUUUAUAAAUGUAACUUAUAUCCUGUAGAUACCUCUUGUUAUAUAGUUUUUACUACUUAUCCUUCGUUGCACGAACUUGGGGUCUGAAUUUAGUUCUUUUCUAUUCUUUCAAUAAGUUUCGUAAGAUAAGUAGUGAAAAGUUGAUUCGUUUACCAGCAUUGUCUACCGAAUUGUUUUUUUUACAAAGACGUUUUCGAUAUUUUUGUAAAUCAGAUAUAUUUCACAACUUUCUGUAAAAAUCCA